UUUGCUCGCAAAGUCUCAUGACGUCAAUCCCAGGAAGCGGUAAAUAAGUGCUAGCAAAGGGAACAAAUUGAGCCGACAGUGUUGUUUUAUAUUUCACAUUGAUAAAGCUCCGUUUUAGAAAUUGACAGACCGCGACGCAAAACAGACCUUACCUUCUUAAAUUUGACGACCAAAACUUAUCCUUUCCCUUUUAGUUCGCCCCCCCAUCGUGUCAGUUAUCACCAUGCCGAGAGGAGGCAAAAGGGGCCAUAAGGGCCGUGGGAAGCAGUUCAGCAAUCCCGAAGAAAUUGACCGACAGAUGAAAGCUCAGAGGGAAAUGGAGGCGAAUGAGGGGGCUGAACGUGAAAGUGAAUCCGGGUCUGAAGAGGAGAGCAGCAGUGACGAUGAACAACCUAAAAGGAAAGGUGUGGAGGGAUUAAUUGAAAUUGAGAAUCCGAAUCGGGUCUCCCAGAAGAGCAAGAAGGUCUCUGAAAUUGAUGUUAGUGCACCCAAAGAGCUCUCACGUCGGGAAAGGGAGGAGAUCGAAAAGCAGAAAGCCAAGGAGCGCUACAUGAAGCUACAUCUAGAGGGGAAGACCGAGCAAGCCAGGGCUGAUCUUGCCAGACUGGCCAUUAUCAAAAAGCAGAGAGAAGAUGCAGCAAAAAAGAGAGAUGAGCUAAGAAAAGAAAAAGAAGCAGAAGAGACAAAGUCAAAACGCUAGCCCGACCACCAUCCUGCAGGACAGGGCUUUUCUGGGGAGGGAGGGACGGUACAUUAUAGCUAGAGGAAAUGGCUCAGAGGCUCAGUGGUAUCCAUUCCUCAGAAGUUGGAAGGAGAUUUGGACAUUUACACGAAGUGAAACAGGAGGGGUGUAUGGUGUUGGAGCUUGUUGGGUUAUCAUUUUACAACACUGCCAAGCUUCACUCACUGAAUCCCUCCUUUGACACUCUCACUGUGCUCAGACUAUAAAGCUGCUGGAGUUUACUCUUAAUUUUGGCAUUUCUUUGAAGUUAUCACUAUUAGAUUAGAUUGGGAUAUUAUGGAAGAGGUAUAGUUGGAGCUGUAUGGACAUGGGCUUCUCUGUUCUGAUGCAGGAAAUGGUUCUAAACCGUGUGGACCAGGUUAUAGUGAGGAACAGUCAAACACUAACCAAAUAUUAUGCAUGUAUAGAAUAGGGAUGGGCAUUUUGGUCAUUUGCCUACUCAAGUACUCGGACUAAUUACUCGAUUACUAGUGUGUCUUAUUCCAGUGGAUUGUCUAUUCAUUAUUAUAGGCUGUUAUAAAAUAAUCUGUUGCAAAAUGUACAAAAGAUUGCAUAAUCAAAAUAUAAUGCAUCAUAUUUUGUCAUUGUGAAGAUUCGCUGCCCAACUCAAUGAAAGAGUGGGCACAACGUGCGUCUGUCUGUUCCUUCAGGUUACUGUAGUAAUCUUAGUAAGCAUGCACCAGUUUUUUUAGUGACUGUCUGAACCGUCCAUUUUCAAAUCACCGUUGGCUUAACAGAAGAUGCCAUAACCAUCGCGUUUUUAAUGUGUGUUAAGUUGAAGUUUAAUUUUGAAGACGCUGCGUUCUGUUCCAUUUAGCUACGCGCUGUCUAGCUGUUUGAAACACUUGCAGUGGGUUGAGUCCACUGCCACACGCCUGGUGUGUGUGCAUGUGUCUCCCCGAGUGUUCGCUCCUGUGGGAAAGCCACAAUGCUCUGUAUUGUUGAUGCUGUGAUGAUUCAUGAAGCGUUCCAUUCAACUCGGAGAGUCAGAAUUUCCACUGUUCAGCUGGGGAAAGUGCAGCGGAAUGACUCUUUAUGUCAGACCUCUAACUUGGAAACUUGUGCGGAAAUCUUCAACUCGCAUUUCACCGAGAUGCAGGUGUGUGUUACGUCACGCAAACAUUUCGGCACCCAGGAUGGGGAGGUUUACAGUCAGUGACAAAAAUUCACUUUUAUUGAAUAAUAUCCAUUAACGAGUCUUACAUUUAAAUGAUAAUAAAACGUGUUUAGCAAACGUUUUGAAGAGACAGGUGUUCAAAACACGGUUAAUUACACUCUAUUGGUUAUCGUAAUGAUAGCAAUGCAGCAUCGUGUAUCAGUUUGGUUGCUAUGAGAUGUCUCUGACAAUCAAUGUACCCCUCAAAAUCACAAUGUAAUCAAUCUCAAAAUUUAAAAAUAAGCUCCCUCUUUGACACGGGUGUUUAGUUGUCAGGUAAUUGUCACUGAAUUUCGAAUUAAGUGAAAGUCACAUGCAUGAUCACCAUUGAUCAUCGUUUUCAUGAUCGAUCAUUGCUGCCACGUUCGAGUACUCGUGCCCAUCCCUAGUAUAGAAUGCCAUCAGACCUUGUUCACUUUUGUGGCCUCAUUCUGUAGGUGUAAAACAAUAAUGCUGUUUUCAUUCAGAUGUGUUCAUUAGUGGUUGGUUUUUUGUUUUAUUUAUUACUUGGUGUAAUCAGGGCAUGUUGAGAUUGCUGUGACCUAAUGCUGCAUUUAUAUCCUUAUUUAAAAUGUCAAUGUUUUUAAGAAUGGAAAAAAAAAAGAAAAACAAUACAUACUCCAUGCAAGGUAGUAGUAUCAAUAGACCAGUAUUAAAGUCGUUGCAUCAGCACACCUGAGUUGUUGCAUGUCCUUUAAGAAAAACAGGAAAGUGUGUUCACCAUGUAAACGACAAUUCCCUGUUUCUCAGGGGUUUUGUAUUUCUCUUGAAAUGGGACCAUUAUUUUUGCCAACUGGUGUAACCUCUUAGUGGUUUGAAAUGUUUUAUGCUUUAGCCCACUGCUAGGUCCUGACUUGCAUUGACCAUCUAGGAAAAGCAAUAUUACCUUGAUGAUGACACAAUUGUGUUGUCUUAAACGCAAUUAUUACAAAAUGUUUUAACAUUUGCAAACCAUUCACCAGUAUGGAAAUUAUAAUAUUUACAUAGGGGAAAUAAUAGGAAAAAAGUGUAAUUGCAAAAUUGAAAUUUUGCUGUAUACGAAUAAACGCAUUGGUAAAUGAAUACAGUACAUGUGUCAGCUGCAAUUUCUAUAAUGCUCAGAGAGAGGGCAGAAAUAUUGAUCUCACAUUAAUGAGAUGAGAAAUAAGCAGAGACUUUCACAACUUUAAGCUGUCGCCUAUAGAUGGCAGUGUUUGACAUUUGGAGAUCCCACUGAGACCGAUCACGGAUGAAGUUUAGAAACAAAAGCUGUACAAAAGAAACUACAUACAUUUCAAAGGCCAUGAUGACCAACUGUCAUGAUGUUAUAAGGAGAAGAAAACGCGAAGAUGAGAUUACAAAUUGUUAAAACCUUGAUUACCUUAUUAAAGUGCUUCCUUGUACGUCGCAGCUUAGCGAACGUUUUUAUGACUUUAGUGAGGUUUUAUGGCAUUAAUGAGUAAACAAACUCCAUUGCUGUUGAUGUAAGCUACAUUCAUGUUUCUACAGUUAUUUUUCCUACAAUAAAACCAUGGUUUGAAAAAACAAAACAUUUAAGUCACAAAGAUUCUGAAAGCAAAGUUUGUGUAAGAGACCCUGUAUUUCCCCCACAUGGCACAUUUACUUGAGCCGUUCCUCUGGUUUCAGUUCAUUGUCUUAACCACAGUGUUUCCCAAGGUAGCUUAAUUCUUUUUGAGAUGACACACCUAAUGAGAUAUAAAAAUUAUUUCCCCUUUCACAUCCUGCUAUUUGCACACACAAACGCUACUUUUUAUGUUUAAUUGGUUGUAAUGUGGACAUAUAAGCUGCUUAAAUACAACAUGUGUAGAGUAUGAUAUGAAUAUUAACACAAGUAAGACCGAGAUGAACGUGAGCAGAACACCUGGUGCUCUCAAUAUCAACGGCAGACAGCUUCAGCAAGUGGCUGAGUUCAAGUAUCUUGGAAGUGUCUGCAUUGAAGACGGAAAACUGUACAGAGAGAGAAAGACCAGCUUGCACCACUCAUGAAGCACCCACACAUCCCCAUCGAAACAAAAGCAACCACUUUCAUAACCACUUCGACAUAUCAAUGUCAGAUAUGGACUCAAAGUCUUGAGCGUAAGAUCAUAACAUGCAAAAUGCGAUGCCCGAGAUGAAGAGUCAACAAGACCAGACACGAUAUGAUUAGAAAUGAGAAGAUAAGGGAAAUGGUAGGAACACAACCAAUCCACUACUAUAUAGAACCACAACAGAUCAGAUGGCUUGGAAAUCUCAGCCGUAUGGGCACACACCAACUGGCCCACAAAGCACACAACAGCAGAAAGUCUGGAUACAAGGCCAGAGGACCACCAAGAAAAACCUGGAUAUAGGACUUCAAAUAAACAUUGAGAACACAUGGCUGUCCACCCAUCAAGGCCUGCUGAUCGUCAACUUCUCCCUGUGAUACCAUUUGUUAUAAGCGGACACUUGUGAUUGCCAGCUAGUUAUGAGUGUAGGAUACAUUUAUUUACCCUUGGAUGGUCUUAAUUAUCAAGUGCCUACUUUAAACCUGCUGGGUAAAAUGUACCUGUUUUUUUUAUUUUAUUUUAUUUUUUUUAAUCAUCAGUUGCAAAAGCUUGUAAUAAAAGCUCUGUUUGCUCUAUCUCUCUACUUUUAGUAUUAGAUAAUUCUGCUAGAUGGCAACAAA